UUGAACACGUCGGGGUCAAUGGCGCCGCCCGCCGCCUGCGCCAGCUCGUACAGCUCCAUCUCCUCGGUGCUCAGCACCUUCUUCCGCCGCAGCACCAGCUUCUGCCGGGCCGCCUCCAACCCCGCGGGCGCCCCGGACCCCGGCCCAGGCCCUGCGCCCGGCGCCGCCAUCCGCUCGGCCCGAGAAAAGGUGCGCCCCCGCCGCGCCCCCUAGCGGCUCCGCCCACCGCGCUCUCCCUGCAGCGCCAGCGUCCUGCCUCCCAGGCGGCCCCGGCGGGAGCGGCGGGAGCGGCGGGAGCGGCGGGAGGGAGGGCCGGGGACGCGGCCGCCUCCGCGGCGUUAUUGGAAUCUAACAGUUACUGGGCGCUCCAAGUGUGCUGAGCGGCGCGCUAGGGGUCGGGGGUGGCAUGGCGGACUGCAGGGGCCCGCUGCUUGGCGGUCAGGGCCUCCCUGAUAGACUGCAUUGAUCGUGCUCGCUUAGGUGGCAGCACCCGGCCCAGUGCUAGGCAUACAUUGGGCGCUCAGUAAAUGCCUCUUACAAGAAAGUGUGCAAUUUUCUGGUCCGCGCCGGUGCACCGCUAGGGGUCGCUCCUCGCUGGGGGAGGGGGGGGCACUAAUCAAUGACCUGUUUACGCGCACGCGCAUUCCUUGCGGGGGAGAAAUUGCGUGAGCCCUACCUCGAGGCGCCGGAGGCCACCACAACGCAGGCGCAUUCAGCUGCGGACCACCCCCUCCCCCCGCACUCCUGCCUCGCCACUUCCCGUCCUCGCCCGGCAGGCCUUCGCUUUGCGCACGCGCCGUGUGAGGUAACGGCCCAGAGAAGAAGAGACACUUUUCCCGCCCGGCUGCGGGGCGUGGCUCUGCGCGCAGCUUGAUGACGAGUUUCGGCGCCGUGGCGGAAUGGCGGCUUCUACCUCUGAGGCUGGCGACGCUAUGGGUCCCACAGUGGCUUGCUAAGAAGCCCGUUUUCAACUCUCCACUGGAGGCUGCUAUGGCGUUCCCUCACCUCCAGCAGCCCAGCUUUCUACUGGCUAGCCUGAAAGCUGACUCUAUAAAUAAGCCCUUUGCACAGCAAUGCCAAGACUUGGUUAAAGUCAUUGAGGAUUUUCCAGCAAAGGAGCUGCACACCAUCUUCCCAUGGCUGGUAGAGAGCAUUUUUGGCAGCCUAGAUGGUGUCCUCAUUGGCUGGAACCUCCGCUGCUUACAAGGGCGUGUGAAUCCUGUGGAGUACAGCAUCGUGAUGGAAUUUCUUGACCCUGGUGGCCCAAUGAUGAAGUUGGUUUAUAAGCUUCAAGCUGAAGACUAUAAGUUUGACUUUCCUGUCUCCUACCUGCCUGGUCCUGUGAAGGCGUCCAUCCAGGAGUGCAUCCUCCCUGACAGUCCCCUGUACCACAACAAGGUCCAGUUCACCCCUACUGGGGGCCUUGGCCUGAACCUGGCCCUGAAUCCGUUCGAGUAUUACAUAUUCUUCUUUGCCCUGAGCCUCAUCACUCAAAAGCCACUCCCUGUGUCCCUCCACGUCCGUACUUCAGACUGUGCCUAUUUCAUCCUGGUGGACAGGUACCUGUCGUGGUUCCUGCCCACCGAAGGCAGUGUGCCCCCGCCACUCUCCUCCAGCCCAGGCGGGACCAGCCCCUCACCACCUCCCAGGACACCAGCCAUGCCCUUUGCUUCCUAUGGCCUCCACCACACUAGCCUCCUGAAGCGACACAUCUCUCAUCAGACGUCUGUGAAUGCAGACCCCGCCUCCCACGAGAUCUGGAGGUCAGAAACUCUGCUCCAGGUUUUUGUUGAAAUGUGGCUUCAUCACUAUUCCUUGGAGAUGUAUCAAAAAAUGCAGUCCCCUCACGCCAAGCUGGAGGUUCUGCACUACCGACUCAGUGUCUCCAGCGCCCUCUACAGCCCCGCCCAACCCAGCCUCCAGGCCCUCCACGCCUACCAAGAGUCGUUCACGCCUACUGAGGAGCAUGUGCUGGUGGUGCGCCUGCUGCUCAAGCACCUGCACGCUUUUGCCAACAGCCUGAAGCCAGAGCAGGCUUCGCCGUCCGCCCACUCCCACGCCACCAGUCCCCUGGAGGAGUUCAAACGGGCCGCUGUCCCGAGGUUCGUCCAGCAGAAACUCUACCUAUUCCUGCAGCACUGCUUUGGCCACUGGCCCCUGGACGCAUCGUUCAGAGCUGUCCUAGAGAUGUGGCUGAGCUACCUGCAGCCAUGGCGGUAUGCACCUGACAAGCAGGCUCCGGGCAGCGACUCCCAGCCCCGGUGUGUGUCGGAGAAAUGGGCGCCCUUUGUCCAGGAGAACCUACUGAUGUACACCAAGUUGUUUGUGGGCUUCCUGAACCGCGCACUCCGCACAGACCUGGUCAGCCCCAAGCACGCGCUCAUGGUGUUCCGAGUGGCCAAAGUCUUUGCCCAGCCCAACCUGGCUGAGAUGAUUCAGAAAGGUGAGCAGCUAUUCCUGGAGCCAGAGCUGGUCAUCUCCCACCGCCAGCACCGACUCUUCACGGCCCCCACAUUCACUGGGAGUUUCCUGUCACCCUGGCCACCAGCAGUCACUGAUGCCUCCUUCAAGGUGAAGAACCACGUCUACAGCCUGGAGGGCCAGGACUGCAAGUACACCCCGAUGUUUGGGCCCGAAGCCCGCACCCUGGUCUUACGCCUUGCUCAGCUCAUCACACAGGCCAAACACACAGCCAAGUCCAUCUCAGACCAGUGUGCGGAGAGCCCGGCUGGCCACUCCUUCCUCUCAUGGCUGGGCUUUAGCUCCAUGGACACCAACGGCUCCUACCCAGCCAACGAUCUAGACGAGAUGGGGCAAGACAGCGUCCGGAAGACAGAUGAAUAUCUGGAGAAGGCCCUGGAGUACCUGCGCCAGAUAUUCCGGCUCAGUGAAGCACAGCUCAGGCAGUUCACGCUCGCCUUGGGCACCACCCAGGAUGAGAACGGAAAAAAGCAGCUUCCCGACUGCAUUGUGGGUGAGGACGGACUCAUCCUCACGCCCCUGGGGCGGUACCAGAUCAUCAAUGGGCUGCGAAGGUUUGAAAUUGAGUACCAGGGGGACCCAGAGCUGCAGCCCAUCCGCAGCUAUGAGAUCGCCAGCUUGGUCCGCACGCUCUUCAGGCUGUCGUCUGCCAUCAACCGCAGAUUUGCAGGACAGAUGGCGGCUCUGUGUUCCCGGGACGACUUCCUCGGCAGCUUCUGUCGCUACCACCUCACAGAACCCGGGUUGGCUAGCAGGCACCUGCUGAGCCCCGUGGUGCGGAGGCAGGUGGCUGGCCACACCCGUGGCCCCAGGCUCAGCCUGCGCUUCCUGGGCAGUUACCGGACGCUGGUCUCACUGCUGCUGGCCUUCUUGGUGGCCUCUCUGUUCUGCGUCGGGCCCCUCCCAUGCACGCUGCUGCUCACCCUGGGCUAUGUCCUCUACGCCUCUGCCAUGACCCUGCUGACCGAGCGGGGGAAGCUGCACCAGCCCUGAGGGUGUCAGCUGCCUUCAGAGCAGGCUGGGGGAUUUGCCACACAGCCCCACCUUGGGCCUGAGAGGACCUGGGAAGCCCCUCCAGGAGGGACCACGGUCAUCGUCGGGCUUCUGGAGCAGGGUUCCUGCAGCCGCAGAGGCAUCUGGAGGAAA